AUGGAACUGAGAUUACAAGGAGAGAUUACAGGUGAAAGAAAACUUCCAGACAGACUUCCAUUUUAUCUGUUGAGUGCUUUUAGAAAUAGGGACUACGCAAUAACUCACUUUAAGAAAAUGUUCGUCUGUGCUCUAUGCGCUAAAGAAUAUAAAAGCAAGUCUGGUUUAAUUAAGCACGAGAAGAGGCAUGCGGGCGUUGGCAAGCAUAUUUGUCUUCAAUGUGGUAUGCUUGCCUUCUCCAGAAAAGACUUCGAGACGCACAUAGCCAGGCACAGCAAUGACAAACUAUAUGUAUGCACCAAAUGUGGCAAAACAUUUAAAACGCGAAAAGACAUGCAAGAUCACUCAAUGCUAGAGGAUUCUGAUGGGAAAUAUGAGUGUGACACCUGCGGGUCAAAGUACAAGAAGAAAUCGGACCUAACGGAGCAUCAGAACCCAUCAGAAUCCUCUAGCCUUGAGUGA